AUGGGGGAGACCCAGGUUCCAGUCCCUCCUCCAGCCUUAGCCAGGGUGAUGUGGUAUGAAGACUCUGCUCUGCAUCAAGCAGAGCGGGGACUUGAGCCAUCCGAGGCUAGAACCCCGAUCCUAAAGCUACAGAAGGUGGAAAUCCUCGAUUGGAAGACAAAGCAACAGCUGUGCUUUCUGGAUAAGGUGGAACCACAUGCCACGAUUAGUGACAUCAGAUUGAUGUUCCAUAAAUCAUAUCCCCAGUGGUAUCCAGCAAGGCAGUCAAUAAGACUUGACCCCAAAGGAAAAUCCUUGAGAGAUGAGGAAAUCCUGCAGCAUCUCCCAGUUGGCACAACCGCUACACUAUAUUUUAAAGAUUUAGGGCCACAAAUAGGAUGGACUAUGGUAUUUUUGACAGAAUAUGCAGGUCCAUUGUUCAUCUAUUUUCUGUUUUAUUUUCGCAUGCCUUUUGUCUAUGGCCUGGAUGACAAGCUUACAUCAAGCCCACAUCCAGUGGUUAACUUGGCAUGUAUCUGCCAUUCUUUCCACUACAUCAAAAGGUUGAUUGAAACAAUAUUUGUUCAUCGGUUCUCCCAUGGGACUAUGCCACUGAGGAGUAUUAUUAAGAACUGCUUCUAUUACUGGGGAUUUGCAGCUUGGCUUGCUUAUUACAUCAAUCAUCCUCUUUAUACACCUCCUUCCUAUGGACAAAAACAGAUAAAUUUUGCUGUGAUCAUGUUUCUGAUAUGUGAAGCUGGAAAUUUCUCUAUCCACGUUGCACUCAGUGACCUAAGAAGAGAUGGAUCCAAGAUCCGUAAGAUCCCUUAUCCAACAAAGAAUCCUUUCACGUGGCUGUUUUUCUUUGUAACCUGUCCUAACUAUACAUAUGAGGUGGGGGUAUGGAUCAGCUUCACCAUCAUGACUCAGUGCGUCCCGGUGGGAUUGUUCACAUUUCUUUGCUUCAUUCAGAUGACAGUUUGGGCAAAGGAUAAACACUACACCUACGUACGAGAAUUCAAGGAUUAUCCAAGUCUUAGGAUGCCAAUUAUUCCUUUCUUACUGUAA